CGGCGUGUCUUUAUGACGUCACCUAACGGCCACCCUCGCUGUGCGGAGCGGGGUGUUUUAUUUUCCCCCACCAUACCUGUUCAUUUAAACCCGUACAUUAAGGAUUUGUCGAUUACAAACACAAGUACAGUGCGAGAGGGCUGCUGUUAACGCAACAGUUGUCGUGUUUAACGAGUUCUGCUCGGCAAGGUGAAUCGUAGCGAAAGGUUUGUUAGUAGUUAGCAGGGUGUUGCUAACGCUGUUAGCUUACCUUCGAAGCAGGAACUCAUUGUUAGUAUAUUAUGUUAGAGGCUACGCGUGUAUCCUCGUUUUCUUAAGUGGUUAUGGACGUAACUGUACACAUUUAGGUUGAACUGUUUAUUCGAUGAUUAAUUACAGGUAUUGGUUAUUGAUCGAUGAUUCGCCUGCUAACUUUGCUCCCUCGCGUUGUGGGCCUUGUCGCCGACUAGCACGACAUGGCUAUUAGCAGUCAAUGACCCUGCAGGUGUUUACGUACUUUGGAGUUUCAUCGAGUGCUAUACAUACAAUAGAAUAUUCUCAAAAUGGAUACCCCUGAAAGCCCCAACCAAUCAUCGCAGUCUCCCUUGGAGAAGGAUCUGACUGACAGUGAGCUACUGGAUUCUCCGGAUGAGGAAGAGGAUAGGGUGAUCUCAGACAGUGAAAUACUCUAUGAAGAGAAUGGAGAACUGGCAGAGGCAGAUGAAGAAGACGAUACAGUGGAGAUCAGAGGAGGAGGCCUGUCAUUACAGGAGGUGCGAGGAGAAGAUGAUGAGGUUGUACCUGACUUUGUAUCUGAGCCGGAGGAUGAAGAACCUUUAGCGGAAACUCUCGAAAUCGGACAAGAGAACGAACCUAUUGUGCUUUUGGAAGGGGAUGAUGAUAGACCACAGGGUGAUGAUUUGGAUGGAGAGGAGGCUGAUCAAGUAGUUUACACGCCUCAGUCUCCAGUCUCAGAGCCAGAACAAGGCGGUAAUGUUGUCACUAAGGAAGACUCCGGCGUAUCUGGAGCAUAUGGAAAAUACAGCCUAGAUUCAGGAGACACUGGUGCUCAGCUAGCUAAGGUGGAUGAUGAUGAUGAGGAGGAGGAGGAAGAUGAUGACGACGAACAAGUAAAAAGCAUUGCAGAAGAGGAAGACAAUUUGAGUGCGCAAGUGGAAAGAUCUGCUGUGGUGAGAGAGAUAAGGGAAGACUCUGCGUCGGUUUCGCGAGAGCUGGAUGAACAUGAACUGGAUUAUGAUGAAGAGGUACCAGAGGAGCCCAGCAUUCCCACACAUGAGGAUGAAGAAGAUGAUGCAAAGGCAUUAGACGAGGAGGAUGGUGGAGACAAGAUUGUAAAGAAGAAAGAGAAGAAACUUAUUUUACCACCAUCCCCCAAAGAUGGGGAUACUAAAAAGAGAGAAGACUCCAGAUCACGCCGCGAUUCAUUCAGAGACAAGCGGAGAGAAGAGGAUGAUGGAGAAAUUGAUGAAGGCGAGAUUGAUGAUGAUGAUUUGGAGGAGGGGGAGGUGAAAGAUCCUACAGAUAGGAAGAUCAGACCACGUCCUAUUUGCAGGUUCUUCAUCAAAGGAAAUUGUACUUGGGGUAUGAACUGUCGGUUUAUCCAUCCCGGGGUUAAUGACAAAGGGAACUAUUCCCUCAUCAGUAAGCCAGACCUUUUUUCACCUAAUGGAGCUCAACCUGGAGGACCCCUCCCACUUCUACCCAACAACCCCUGGGCUGCACCUACUGUCGAGGAGCUUCCUCCACCUCCACCUCCUGUCGAUCCUCCUGUGGAAAGUGCGUGGGAGAGAGGCCUCAGGCACGCAAAAGAGAUGUUGAAGAAGGCCACCAUCCGUAAGGAGCAAGAGCCAGACUUCGAAGAAAAACGUUUUAAUGUGACUAUUGGAGAGGAUGAGAGGGAAUUCGACAAGGAAAAUGAUUUCUUCAGGGAACGCAGCUACCGCAUUAUCAGAGAUGAAACGGACUUGAGAGAGCCAAUGUAUGGUGAUGCAUAUGCUGAACCCUACUAUGAUUAUGAAAUGGAGGCCCUAUGGCGAGGUGGACAGUAUGAAAACUUCAGAGUGCAGUAUACAGAAGCGCCUCUUCCUUACCACUAUAGUGAGCGUGAACGGGAAAGGGAUCCUCGAGAGCGUCACAGAGAUAGAGAGCGAGAGAGAGAUCACCGUGAGAGGGAGCGCCGACAGAGGGAACGAGAGCGGGAGAGAGAGCGGGAGAAGGAGCGAUUGAGGCGAAAAGAGGAGUGGGAGAGAGACCGGAUAAAGCGAGAUGACAAGGAUAGACCAAAGAUGCGUCCGCCUCGAGACAUCCGUGAGAAGAAAGAUGAGAACAAACUCAAACCACAGUCACCUUUAAUUCUGCCACCCAACAGACCAAUGGAGCCUCCCACAAAGAAAGAUCUUGUUCCAUUAAUGAGACAACCAGAUGAAUGGAAGGACCCUUGGCGUCGGUCAAAAUCCCCUAGGAGAAGAUCUGGACUGGGCUCACCACCACGCGGUCGUCGGAGAAAUCGGCAUUCGGGUUCUUCUGUUUCUCCGUCAAACUCUUCCAGGUCUUCGUCUCACUCUUCAUCCUACACAGGCUCUGGAUCAUCUCGUUCCCGCAGCCGCUCCUCAAUCAGCUCUUACUCCAGCCACUCCUCCCAUCGCAGCUCGUUCAGUGGCAGCCGCUCUAGGUCGAGAUCAUUCUCCUCAUCUCCCUCACCUAGUCCAGCUGCACCAAGGAAUGCCAAAAACAAACCAGACCUUCCUCCAGUGCUUGCUAAAGGAAUGGCACUGAAGCAGGCAGCAGCGCCUCCUCCACGCAGAGAUAAGCCUCCCGUAAAGAAAGCUCAGAGUCCGCCACCAACUGGUGGAGCAGUUGGCAGGCCUUUAAAACCCUUGCCAGAGGGAGGAAAGCCUCCUCUCAAUCUUCGAGAGUCCGGAGGCAUGGUUGUUGAGGGAAGUGGUGGAAUUAGUAGAAACCCUUCUUCACGGGAACCUGGUAAAACUCCCAACCAGAGGGAAGGAAGACAGAAAGAACGGCAGCCUUCUCGUAGGCGAACAGUAAGUGGGAGUGCUAGCGGAAGUGGCAGUAGUUACUCUGGCUCAAGCUCUAGGUCUAGGUCCUCUUCAAACUCCUUGUCACGUUCCGGAUCCAGGAAAUCCAGAAAGUCCAGGUCUCUGAGUGUGAGCAGUGUGUCAUCUGUGUCAUCAGCAUCGUCAAGCAGCAGUUCGGUGCGGAGUGCAGACUCUGAUGACAUGUAUGCUGACCUGGCGAGCCCCGUGUCUUCAGCCAGCACCCGUUCACCCACACCAGGUCACCCCCGUAAAGAACGAGGAGGCCCGGUACGGGAUCGUCCUCCUCAGAACAGAGACAAGAACAGGGGAGAGAAGCUCUUGAAGAAAGAUGAAACCUUAAGGGAGGAUCGCAGAAAGAUGAACCCACCUAGUGGUCCACCGCGAGGUGGCAACCUUAUGCCCAGACCAGUCCCUGGAAGUAGAGGUGGUCACCCUGCGCACCACCCUGCGCACCACCCUGCGCACCACCCUGCGCACCACCCUGCUCACCACCCUGCGCACCACCCUGCUCACCACCCUGCGCACCACCCUGCGCACCACCCUGCGCACCACUCUGCUGGAAGUAUGCCGCCCCCAGGAAGCUAUGGAGGUUCAGGUUCCCAUAAAGAUAUCAAACUCACGCUUCUCAACAAGCAGGGUGAGAAGGGCAGUAGAAAGCGGUACCUUCCCUCUGACAACCGAACUGGUUCCCCCCUCAGCAAGAGAAUGGCCAUGUCACCAGACAGAGCUCGUGAGAAGAGGAUAUCAGGACGAGCCCCACUUUCCCCACGAAUGGAUCGUCACAGAGGCCAAGGAGCCCGGCCAAUGCCCCCCCAGGGAGACAGAAAACGCCCCGUGUCACCACCCCCAAAGUCAUCUGGAAAAGGGCCUGCAGUGCAGCCUGGCAAGCCUGCAGCUCCCGGCUCCGCCCCAGCAGCCAGCAAACCCAGCAACACUCUGUCUCGCCGUGAGGAGCUCCUAAAACAGCUGAAGGCCGUAGAAGAUGCCAUCGCUCGUAAAAGAGCAAAGAUCCCUGGCAAAUGAGCGGGAGCGCUCUCCUCACCCCUUCACCUGCGCGGCAUCGAGAACCACGGCCAGUUGGAGUUGGAAACUAUUCUCAGUGACUCCUGCCUACAAUGGACGUACACAAACGCUGUAUGGUUCUUGUGUACAUACAUAAACAAGAGUUGGGUUUCAUCUUAGAGCAUUUUCACUCUCUUAUGACCACAUUCUGCUGAGUUGCAGCCUGUGGUUAAGAAACUGGGCGGAACAAAAGGCAUGCUGAGAAGGAAGGAUUUCUUUGGACAUUACUGACUACUUUGUCAGUUGACUAUUCAGAAAUUGAGAGAACCACAUGUUUGUUGCCUACCUGAUGAUGACUUGCAGAUUCUACAUAUAUUUGUCUGCUCCCCUUCAAUUGUUUGCUUCUGUCAGAUCUGUUUAGCUUUCUUUACGACAUGUUGCUGUCGUCAAGUGAAUCUGCAGGUUCCGAUUCCUUUGGAACAAUCUGCCAGUCUGUAUUUGGCCAUUGAAAGUGAUGGUAGUUUGCAGGCUCCGGUUAAACACACUUUUUGACACAGCAAGAGUUAAGUCAUCAGAUGCUCUCUCGACAAUUAUCAUGCAUAGCAGUGAUAGUUUUUUUUUUUUUUUUUUUUUUUUUUUA